AUGAUCGAGGACCACGCUGAGUACGGGCACUACUACCCAAAGAAACUCGCCAGCUCGGUGCUGACGCUGCCGCAGCAGGGGGCGAAGCAGCACCACUGGUCCCCGUACGCCGACAACGGCGGCACAAUCGCGGCUAUCGCCGGCAGUAAUUACGUCAUCCUCGGCGGCGACACGCGUCUAAACGGCAACUUCAGCAUCCACACACGCAAUGACCACUCGAAGGUCUUUCAGCUGACUGACCACACGUUCCUUGCGUCGACAGGCAUGCAGGCGGAUCGUCUUCAGCUGCAGCAGAUGCUCAAGUACCGCAUUCAGUGGUACCAGUACAACAAUGGCGGCAAGUUGCCCUCCACGAAGGCCAUCGCAAAGCUCACCUCCACCAUGCUCUACCAGCGACGCAUGUUCCCGUACUACACCUUUAACAUGAUUGUUGGUCUCGACGAGAAGGGGGCGGGUGUGUGCUACAGCUACGACCCUGUCGGCUCGACGGAGCCGUUCCGCUACGGCACGAGCGGCUCCGCCAGCAGCUUCGUGGAGCCGCUCAUGGACUGCCUGCUAGUGCGGCAGCACAUGGUUGGACAGGCGCCGGCGGAGCUCAGCAUGACAGAGGUGCUCGAGAUGCUCAAGAACGCCUUCACCGGCGCGGCGGAGCGCGACAUCUUCACCGGCGACGCUGUGUGCUUCCACAUCAUCACGGCGGAGGGCGUACGCACCGAGAUGUUUGAGCUUCGCAAGGACUGA